AUGCAGUUCAUCCAACAGUAUUCCAGUAUACCAGUACCUCGAGUUUUUGCAUAUGAAUUUCACUUGAACAAUUCAGCAAGAGCUGCUUUUAUACAAGGAUUUCAGGAGUUGUUUCCCAGCAGCGUUGCUAUAGACGCUUUAGGCAGCUACCAGGUUUAUCGCGGCGUGAUACCCAAAGAACACCAGACAAAAUUCUACGACUCUGUUGCAAAAUGCUAUGUUUUUUCUCUGUUCAGGCCUACAUAUAUGCAGACUCAUUUCCUGAGGUCUUAUUAUGUUAAAUUCAAGUGGUACAAAAAGACAACCAUACAAAUGAUGCAGAGAAAUUCAAUCCCAGCGGAACGAAGAGUCUCGAUUAUCGAGAGCUUUCCAUUGCAGAUGAAAGCGAUAGCUAAUCGGCUAUCCCUGUGCAAGGAAAGACUAUUCCUCCUGUUCCAUGAUGAAUUUCUCCACAGUAAGAUCAUGGUGGAUGAGGUAGACUUCGUUGUAACAGGAUUCAUCGAUUGGGAAGGUGUAUAUCAGCUCUUUGAAAACUCAUCGCGUUUCCCGACUUCCUUAUAG